UGACAAAAUUUGUCAUUAACACCGUCAGUGAGUAUCACUCCCACAAAAUUAGUUUGUUGUUUUCCGUGAAAAUUUAGUGAAAAAGUGCCUGGUUGCAAUAUAAUAAUAGUUAUAGUUUUAUUUAAUUUACGGCCUGUUACUUACGCUUGUUCAUCUUCUGCAGCAAGUCAAACAUUGUGAAAAGAUGGCUAACAUUUCGAUGCAAGACAUCGAGGCGGUCGAUGACUAUUGGGGCCCAACGUUCCGGACGAUUUUGGAAGGUAACUCGCACGAUCAAGUGUCCGAACAACUAGAGUCGCGCAUCCGGUCGCACGAUAAAGACAUCGAAAGGAUUUGCAAUCUGUACUACCAGGGAUUUAUCGACUCGAUUCGGGAGCUGUUGCUUGUGAAAUCGCAAGCGCAGGGAUUGAACCAGGAGGUCCAAACGUUGGACGAAGGACUGGCGAAAGCUUCCGGCGGGGUGAUUGCCAAAGGAAAUGACUUGGUGAAGGCGCGAAAGGUUGAAGGAAACAUUGCGGGGGCGAUCGAGGGGCUAUCCAGUUGUUUGCCGGUGCUGGAGUGCUACUCGAAGUUGUUGAAACAGGUGCGAGAGAAACGCUACUACCCGGCGUUGAAGACGUUGGAAGUGCUGGAGAAUGAAUAUUUGCCGAAGGUUUCUGGGUACAGAUUUUCGCAGCAAAUGCGGGAGACGAUUCCAAAAUUGAAAGAGAAUAUUAAGAAGUCUUCCGAGGAAGACUUUCGGGAAUUUUUGGAAAACAUUCGUAAGUUUUCACCGCGGAUUGGGGAGAUUGCAAUGAAACAUACUAAAGAACUACAGAAGCGUGAUUUGGAUACGAUAAUAGCAGAGUACAGACAGAUGUCUUUGAAUGGAGAAUGCGUCGACGACGAGGAGGACGUAAAUGCUCAAGAUCUGAUUGAUUUUUCUCCUAUUUAUCGAUGCUUGCACAUUUACACGGUGUUGAAUGAUAAGGAAUACUUUGAAAAGGAUUACCGAAAACAGAGAAGAGAUCAGGCUAAACUGGUUCUGCAAGCCCCGCAGACUAUGCACGAUAAUCUGGAGGCCUACAAAACAUACAUUUAUUCGAUUGUGGGAUUUUUUGUGGUUGAGGACCAUGUUAUGAACACCGGAGGAGAGAUAGUUACUCAAACUUACCUAGACGAUUUAUGGUCGUCUUCUUUAACCAGGGCCGUAAACGUUCUAAGCAUGUCCUCGUCGUCCUGCACGGAUCCCAACAUCUUGCUUCGAAUCAAAAACCUGAUUAUGCUGAGCAUUACUACUCUGAAGAACUAUGGCUAUACGGUGUCUCAGCUGUGGGACCUGCUGCUGGAGAUGCGCGAUCAUUACAACGAAGUUCUGCUUCAACGCUGGGUGAAUGAGUUCCGAGAUAUUCUAGACAAAAGCGAUUUUCUACCCUUGGAGGCAUGUACUCAGGAAGAGUACGAUGCUGUUUUAGAGCGAUUCCCCUUCCACUCCGAUCAGCUUGAAGCUCAAUCGUUUCCGAAAAAGUUUCCAUUCUCCCGAAUGGUCCCGGAAGUGUACCACCAAGCGAUGGAAUUUAUGUACGCGUGCAUGAAGUUUUCCGAAGAACUAACCCUCUCGCCGAACGAAAUAGCCGCCAUGGUUCGGAAGGCGGCCAAUCUGUUGCUUACGCGGAGCUUCAGCGGGUGUCUUUCGGCCGUGUUUCGCAGUCCCAGUCUGGCGCUGAUGCAGGUCAUUCAGAUUAUCAUCGAUACCCAGUAUCUGGAAAAGGCCGGGCCCUUUUUGGACAGUUUCGUGUGCAAAAUGACCGGAACCAGCCAGAAUGUGACACAAACACCGUCGGCGAUGUUUCAGGUGGCUCGCUCCGAAGCUGAACAGCAAGUUUCGACAAAGCUCUGUUCCAAACUGGAUGAAUUUUUCGAGGAACUGGAAGGGUACGAUUGGUUACUCCCCGAGAGCUACGGUCACGCUUCCCCCUUUGUGACGGAUAUGAUCGCAUUCCUGCAGAGUACAUUCCAAAGCUUUUCUUAUAUUUUACCGGGCGUUGCUCAGGCAGCCUGUCGGAAGGCAUGCGAGCACGUUGCCACCCGGAUCUACAAGCUGAUUCUGUCCGAGGAAAUAAAGCAAAUUUCCGGUGGAGCCUUGGAUCAAAUCAACCUGGACCUGAUGCAGUUCGAACUAUUUGCCGCAUCGGAUCCAGUGCCCGGCCUGAGGGAAGGAGAUUUAUCGAAAUAUUUUGCAGAAAUAAGGCAACUGCUGGAUCUACUGAUUUCCGAAGAUUGGAGCGCCUAUUUGCACGAUUUUGGCAAGGACGAGAACCGGUACUCAUUGGUUCAUCCGUCGACGAUAAUCGUUGUCCUGGAGAAGCUACGGGAGGCAGACAAAAAGUCGAUGCUGUCGCUUAUGAAAUCAAAAUCGGAGCGAGACAAGAAGAAACUGCUGGAAACGGUUCUUCGCCAGUUGAAGCAGUUGGCCGAGAGACAAAACUAAGUUAUUUUGGAUGAGGAAUGAAAAUAAUCUUCUAUUAGCAUUAGUCGAACGUAUAUUUAUUUGUAAGCAAAUGUAAUUCUAAUCAUAAUAAAGGAAUCCAUAAUCUACGA